GGCGGGGCCGGAAUGUGAGCGGAGGUGGAGCCGGCGGCUGAGGGUGGAAGAAUGAAAGAAAAGAAAGAUGAAAGAAUGUUGAACCACUUUGUAUGGCUGUAUGAUGGAAGGAAACGGAACUGAGAACCCCUGCAGUAGAACACUUGGAUGGCUUCAACAAGAUAAUAAUGCUAAGCCAUGGCUUUGGAAAUUCUCUAAUUGCUUUUCCCGUCCUGAGCAGACAUUGCCACUUAGUCCCCAAACGAAAGAGUACAUGGAGAACAAGAAAGUUGCUGUGGAAUUAAAGGAUGUACCAUCUCCCCUUCAUGCUGGCUCUAAACUUUUCCCAGCAGUCCCACUUCCUGAUAUUCAUUCUCUUCAGCAACCUAAAAUACAGCUUUCAACUGUCCCCAAAGUAAGCUGCUGUGCUCAUUGCCCUAAUGAUCCCUCCACUUCGCCAAUGCGUUUUGGUGGUGGUGGUGGUGGUGGUGGUGGUGGAGGCAGCAGCAGCGGCAGUGGAGGGACUGGUAGCUUGAUUCAUGCAGGCGCACUCUUAGACUCACAAAGCACCAGGACAAUCACGUGUCAGGUCGGGUCAGGGUUUGCUUUCCAGUCUGCCUCUUCACUCCAGAAUGCCUCAGCUAGGAACAACUUGGCAGGCAUUGCAAGUGACUUUCCCAGCAUGUGUGUAGAGAGUAAUCUAUCUUCCUGCAAACACCUGCCCUGUUGUGGAAAAAUCCAUUUCCAGUCAUGUCACAGUAAUGUGCACAAGCUGCAUCAGUUUCCGACUCUCCAGGGCUGCACCUCUGCUGGCUAUCUCCCCUGUUCUGAUUUCCCAAGCGGGGCUCCAGGGCAUUUGGAAGAGCACCUUUCACAGUCGGAGCUGACGCCUCACUUGUGCACCAAUUCCUUGCACCUAAAUGUGGUACCUCCGGUUUGUUUAAAGGGCUCACUUUACUGCGAAGACUGUCUAAACAAGCCGGCAAGAAAUAAUAUAAUUGAUGCUGCUAAAGUCUGGCCAAAUAUACCACCUCCAAAUACUCAGCCUGCACCUCUUGCUAUCCCUCUGUGUAAUGGCUGUGGAACCAAAGGAACGAGGAAGGAGACUACGUUGUUACUGGCACCCAGUCUAGGCAAAGCUGCUUCGAAAUUUGGGUCACCAGAAGUUGCAAUAGCUGGACAGGUGCUAGAAAACUUACCCCCCAUUGGAGUUUUUUGGGAUAUUGAAAAUUGCUCAGUUCCCUCUGGGCGGUCAGCUACUACUGUUGUACAGAGAAUUCGUGAAAAGUUUUUUAAAGGCCACAGAGAAGCAGAAUUCAUCUGUGUGUGUGACAUCAGUAAAGAAAAUAAAGAAGUUAUUCAAGAACUGAAUAAUUGCCAGGUAACGGUUGCUCACAUCAAUGCUACUGCAAAGAAUGCGGCUGAUGAUAAGCUCCGACAGAGCCUCCGAAGGUUUGCAAACACUCACACUGCCCCCGCCACUGUGGUUCUCGUGUCAACUGAUGUUAACUUUGCAUUGGAACUCAGUGAUCUGAGACACAGGCAUGGCUUCCACAUAAUUUUGGUCCAUAAAAACCAGGCCUCAGAAGCCCUACUGCAUCAUGCUAAUGAGCUGAUCAGAUUUGAAGAGUUCAUUUCUGAUUUGCCCCCCAGGUUACCACUAAAGAUGCCACAGUGCCACACUCUGCUCUAUGUUUAUAACCUACCAGCAAAUAAAGAUGGCAAGAGCAUCAGCAACAGGCUCAAACGCCUGUCUGAUAAUUGUGGUGGGAAAGUGCUGAGUAUCACGGGCUGCAGUGCAAUUCUCCGCUUCAUAAACCAAGACAGUGCAGAGCGGGCUCAGAAGCGAAUGGAAAAUGAAGAUGUGUUUGGUAAUAGGAUCAUUGUGUCAUUUACUCCAAAAACUAGAGAACUCUGUGAAGCAAAGAGUUCAAAUGCAAUUGCUGAUAAAGUGAAGUCCCCCAAAAAACUUAAGAAUCAAAAAUUGUGCCUCAUCAAAGAUGCAAGUGAACAAUCUUCCAGUGCCAAAGCCAUGCCUGGGAAAGGGUCACAGGCAAAUUCUGGAUCUGCUACAAAAAAUACAAACGUUAAAAGUUUGCAGGAGCUGUGCCGCAUGGAGUCGAAGACUGGCAACAGAAACACUGAGCCCCAGCAGGGCCACCUAAGGCUGGCAGCACCGCUUCAUAGCAGCCCAAGUUCUGCAGGUCCCACACUGAAAAACUCGGGAAUGACAGAGCCACUUUACAGAGGCAAUCCAAAAAAGGAGAACCUCAGUGCUCGAAGCGUUAGCAGUUCUCCCGUAGAGAAAAAAGAUAAGGAAGAGACUGUCUUCCAAGUGAGCUACCCGUCUGCUUUCAGCAAAUUGAUUGCGUCAAGGCAAGUCAGUCCUCUGCUCACAUCUCAGUCUUGGUCUCCUAGCAGGAGUAUGUCUCCAAACCUUUUAAACAGAGCCUCCCCACUUGCGUUCAACGUUGCCACUUCCAACAGUGGAGCCGACUGCCCAGAUCCUUUUGCAAAUGGAGCUGACAUCCAGGUCAGCAACAUCGACUACAGGCUGUCCCGGAAGGAGCUGCAGCAGCUCAUCCAGGAGGCUUUUUCUAGGCAUGGCAAGGUGAAGAGUGUGGAGCUCAGCCCCCAUACAGAUUAUCAGCUCAAAGCUGUUGUUCAGAUGGAAACCUUACAAGAAGCUAUCUGUGCAGUGAACAGCCUCCAUAGGUAUAAAAUCGGAAGCAAGAAGAUCUUGGUCUCACUUGCCACAGGAGCUGCUAAUAAGUCACUGUCUUUACUAAGUGCAGAAACAAUGUCUAUUCUUCAGGAUGCUCCUGCCUGUUGUCUGCCACUUUUUAAAUUUACGGAUCUCUAUGAAAAAAAGUUUGGGCACAAGUUGAAUGUGUCAGACUUGUAUAAAUUAACAGACAUGGUUGCAAUCCGGGAACAGGGAAAUGGGCGGCUGGUGUGUCUCUUACCUAGCAGUCAGGCCCGCCAGAGCCCUCUGGGGUCUUCCCAGUCGCAUGACGGCUCCUCCACGAAUUGCAGUCCAAUUAUAUUUGAAGAGUUGGAGUAUCAUGAGCCUGUCUGCCGGCAGCAUUGCUCUAAUAAGGACUUCAGUGAACAUGAAUUUGAUCCAGACGCUUACAAGAUUCCUUUUGUGAUUCUCUCUUUGAAGACGUUUGCAUCCCAGGUUCAUAGUCUUCUCCAGACCCACGAGGGUACUGUGCCUUUGCUAAGUUUUCCAGAUUGCUAUGCUGCAGAGUUUGGUGACCUGGAAGAAGUGCAGGAAAACCAUGGGGGGGUCCCCUUAGAGCACUUCAUUACCUGCAUUCCAGGUGUGAACAUUGCCACUGCUCAGAAUGGUGUCAAAGUGGUCAAGUGGAUUCACAACAAGCCCCCGCCCCCCAACACUGACCCUUGGCUCUUGCGAUCUAAAAGUCCUGUGGGUAAUCCCCAGCUGAUCCAGUUCAGUAGAGAAGUCAUUGACUUACUGAAGAACCAACCAUCUUGUGUCAUACCGAUUAGUAAUUUCAUCCCUUCUUAUCACCACCAUUUUGCAAAGCAGUGCCGGGUUUCGGAUUAUGGGUAUUCCAAGCUGAUUGAGUUACUAGAAGCAGUGCCUCAUGUGUUGCAGAUUCUUGGAAUGGGCUCCAAACGUUUGCUGACCCUCACCCACAGGGCACAGGUGAAGCGCUUUACUCAGGAUUUACUAAAACUUCUCAAGUCUCAGGCCAGCAAACAGGUCAUUGUGAGAGAAUUCUCACAGGCUUAUCAUUGGUGUUUCUCAAAGGACUGGGAUGUCACUGAAUAUGGUGUUUGUGAGUUGAUUGAUAUCAUAUCAGAGAUUCCAGACACUAUCAUCUGCUUGUCCCAGCAAGAUAAUGAUACGGUGAUUUGUAUCCCCAAAAGAGAACGUACUCAGGAUGAAAUAGAAAGGACAAAACAGUUCUCCAAGGAUGUUGUUGACUUGCUGCGUCACCAACCCCACUUCCGGAUGCCCUUUAACAAAUUUAUUCCCUCUUACCAUCACCACUUUGGCCGGCAGUGCAAACUUGCAUACUAUGGGUUUACAAAACUACUUGAACUUUUUGAAGCCAUACCUGAUAUUUUACAAGUACUGGAGUGUGGAGAAGAAAAAAUCCUUACUUUGACAGAGGUGGAACGGUUCAAAGCUCUAGCUGCUCAGUUUGUUAAGCUUCUGCGGUCCCAGAAAGAUAACUGCCUUAUGAUGGCAGACCUGCUUACAGAAUAUGCUAGAACUUUCGGGUACACAUUUCGUCUUCAAGACUACGAUGUCAGUUCUGUUUCCGCUUUGACACAGAAGCUCUGCCAUGUUGUAAAGGUUGCUGAUAUGGAAUCUGGCAAACAGAUUCAGCUGAUCAACCGAAAGUCUCUGCGGUCUCUCACUGCCCAGUUGCUGGUGUUGUUGAUGUCUUGGGAAGGAACCACCUAUCUUUCUGUUGAUGAGCUCAAGAGACAUUAUGAAACUACCCACAGCACUCCUCUCAACCCCUGUGAAUAUGGGUUCAUGACCUUGUCAGAACUGCUGAAGAGUCUGCCUUACUUGGUGGAGGUUUUUACAAAUGAUAAGAAUGAAGAGUGUGUGAAGCUCACAAGUCUGUAUUUGUUUGCAAAGAAUGUGCGGUCUUUGCUUCAUACUUACCACUACCAGCAGAUUUUCCUUCAUGACUUCUCCAUGGCCUAUGCCAAGUAUGUUGGAGAAACAUUGCAGCCCAAGACAUACGGCUACAGUAGUGUGGAGGAGCUCUUGGGAGCCAUUCCCCAGGUGGUCUGGAUAAAAGGACAUGGUCAUAAGAGAAUUGUAGUGUUAAAAAAUGACAUGAAAAGCCGGCUGAGCUCAUUGGGUCUCUGCCCCACCAGUCAUGAAAACCAGCUGGCAGACAGCGAGCGAAUCCUGGAGGUGCCUGAAUCAUCAUGCCCAGCCCCAAAACUGCAGCUUGGAACAGGGCCUAGUCAAACAGAGCAGGAGCUUCUCCGACUGGCCAGCAGCUCCCCUGUCGACCUUCUGUGUGCGCCUGUCCCUUCAUGCCUGCCAUCCCCUCAGCUGAGACCAGAUCCCGUCAUCCUGCAACCUGCUGAUCUCAUUCAGUUUGAGGAGCGCCCUCGGGAGCCUGCUGAAAUUAUGAUUUUAAACCAAGAAGAAAACAUUGAAAUCCCAGUACCAGUAAAGAAGGAAAAACUGCCCUCUGAACCCAGCUCAUCAUGCGCCCCAGCAGCUGCCCCAGUGCCCCCCGGCCCUUCCUCGGAAGCCCCCGAGUCGCUGCUCAGCAAGAACCCUGUGGAAAGCCCAGCCAAAAAGCAACCCAAAAAUAGAGUAAAAUUGGCAGCCAACUUUUCCUUUGCACCUAUAACCAAGCUUUAACUCCCAUUUUGAACAUAGUUAGGAUGGGAAAGAAACUGUCUGAUUCUGCACACAAAAAUGGGCUCAAAAACCAUCCAUUUCUGUUUUAAUGAAGCCCCCAGAAGCCACGUAUUUCUUCUUUAGAUGUAUUCCACAUGUUCUGUUUCCUUUACAUUGAACACAGCUGCAGCUGAAGUUUUCCUUUCUUUCCUUUUUUCAAUUAUUUGAAAGAAUUCUGGCAUUUGUUAAAGAAUCCUUAAUAUAUUUUAUCAAAUUUUUCUUAACUAUGAUGAAAUCCAGUUGUUCUGGAAGAAGUAAGCAGCGAGCACUCAGCUACAGAAAGUGGUUUUACUUCCCUUGAGCCAGUGCGAUCGUAUCACCCUCCACGUAGUGUCACAGGCCUCUCACCCUUUGCUCACCAAUGCGCCCAACAGUAUUAACUAAGUGUGUGAGUGACUGACGCGUCUUUGAAGCAAAGCCUGUUCCGUGAGCAUGCAGCUCACGCGAGGGAGGAGAUGAGAAGGGGUAGAGCUAUGUCUUCAGGGUGAAGUACAGUGGUUCCUGGCUUCCAUGUGACUUGUUAGUGUGCCUUGCUUUUUAUUUAACUAUGUCUGUAGUUGACAAAUGUGGCUUCACAAAUUCUUUUAAAUGUUUCCAUUUUGGGGUUCCAUUUAGGAGCUUUCUAGAAAGUUGAGGAUGUUUUAAGCUUCCCUGCUGUGUUCAGUUCCAGUUUGAUGUGGAUUAGGUUAAGGAAAAGGAGAUGGUCUUGGUGUCAGGAAUUUAAAGUCAGCAUUUGGAUUACGACACAUGUUAUUGUGUGUCGAGAGGCAAUAUUGGAGAGUCUGAUUUUCUAAAAUAUGCAUCAAAUGCAUAAAUUAUAAAUCAGAGCUAAGUGGUGAGGUACUUUAACAGGAACAGGAUCAAUACUAUUUCCACUAGGAAGAGAUGGGAGUUCUAUCUGUACAUGUGAAGGCCAAGGUUGAUCAACUUAACCUUGUUUCUGUCAUUUUAAAGCUGGUUUUGGAAGCUGGGAAGCUUUACGUGUGAAGACGCGUGUCCUUCUGUUAGCUCAGCAUCUUUUAAUAGUGUGUUUUUACUCUUGUUACUUCUCGCUGUUGGAAGCAUGUUUGGGUUUUUUGUGGUGUCUGUUCACGUUGGGGAAAAGCCAGCCUUUGGGGGCACUGCCCUGUGGAAUGGCCUUCCUCUCUCUGGGUGCCUGAGGUGUCUGCUCAUGGAUGGCCUCUCACCCCUGCUUGAGAAACCUGACAUUUACAAUGGAUUGUAUUUGUUGGGCAAAAAAGGCACAUCCAUUCACAGAGCAGAACCUGUUGGCACCAGGUCUUCCACUAGUUAGAUGGUUUCUUUGGGGGAAAUGUUUGCAUUUUGUAAUUUCUAGAAAGCCAGAAAAUGGACUCUGAUUUUGUAGCCAGCAUUUUGAUAAAAUGCCACAAAAUAAGGGCUGUAGAGAGAUUUUUACAAGCUGAAUUUUUGUUCCCCAAAUCUUUUAAAUGAAGCCAGUGAUUCUCAGUUCUCAACACCUGGCCCCAGUCAAGAUGGAACAACACUGGAAAUCCUACCAAGUAUUAUGGCACUCUUUGAAUCCUUCUGAAGGCAUUUCCUCUACAGACAUAGUGUCACAGGAAGUAAAGUGCACAUGUGCAGCUUUUUAAACAGGGUAAUAGUGUUGGUGUUGAGCACAUCAGUUGCCUUACUCUGAGACAAGGCUGAGUUUGCACACUUGAACUUCAGGUUUGCUAGCAUGGAAAGAAUUGUGGACUUUAAAAACAUUAAGAGGCGGCAUUACAAGUCACUCGGAACCAUCUCAAAGAGCAGGCUCUGUGGGCCGCAGACAAGUGAGUUCUGCACUAUCUAGUGUAUGAGUGCGUCUGUGCCAUUUUCGGGGUUGUCAGUCUGGGACGGAGUGUGACUAACCAUCACUGGUGAAAGCGUGAGAAUGCAGCGGAAGCAUGUGUUGGUGACGUGCUCCAGUGGCCAGUCCCAUCGCUGUCUAUUUUUUUAUCCAGAGGCUUAAUUAAAUGAUGACGCAGUGAUGUGUGCAUUGGGACGAUAAGACUAUUUCUGGGUGGAAAGCUGUACUGGAUUUGACUUAUCUGUUUAAAAAGAUGAAAGUUAUCACCCCAACCCCCUUUCCCAUCUUGCACUGUUUAUUUUGGAUCGGGCUUGGGGGAAGAGAUGUUUUUCUUAACCGUCUACUUUGUUUGAACACUCUUUUUGUGGUUCAAGUGCUGUUUUGUGUGUUGGGACCAAACAGUUGUCAAUAAACUUUACAAGCAAGCAUCUAAGGUGAGUGGCAUGAUCUGUGUAUGGUGUGGAGGGAGGUCAGGGUCAUAAAUCAGCCCAGUCAUCCUCCACUUAUGUCCCCCAACUCUUCCCCCAGACACAGGUGUGAAGUGGUAAGUAGGCUGGUGUGACAUUUCAGAGCCCCUUUUGGCUUGGCACCUGCCCCAGGCAAGCAGCUGGGCUGCUGCUUACAGCCUGUCAAGCCUGUCAGUGUGUGGAAAGUCGUAGCCUUCCAGCUAGGAGUUGGGGACAGUCCCUAGG